CUGGAGCAGUGCGUCGGGGCGGCAGCCCUGCUCGGCGAUUGGCGGGAGCCAGAGCCUCCCGGAGGCCGGCGCCCACACCAUGGGCUGAGCCCGUCGGCGCCCAGGGACUCAGUGCCGCCCGGCUCGGCGCCCACCGCCAGGCACGCGCGCGGGCACACGCGGGCGCGGACACGCGCGGACCCCCCACGUGCGGGACACGCCCUCCCCCGACGGCGGCGCUCGCCUCUCGGCAGAUCCAGACUUUCUCCUGGACUCCCUCCCGGCUAGCUGUGGUGCACUAGCCCCCUUCAGGCUGUGUUCACGCCGCCAACCCCAGUCCUCUCCCUGGGAUCUGACCUCUGAAGCCCAAGCCUCAGCUCCCGGCCCUCACCCGUCCCAGCAGAAAUAAUUAAUUAAUUUUUGGCUGUGUUGGGUCUUCGUUGCUGCGCGUGGGCUUUCUCUAGUUGCGUUCCUACAUUUGCAAUGAAAGUGUCAAAAGUUAAAGGCCGAAAUUAAAUCAAGAAGUAGGACGUUUAUGCCAAGUGCGAAUAACAGGAUGCAACGCAGUCAGAAAGACAAUGCAAGUGGCUCUGAGGACCUUCAAAGUCUUCCCAAGUUCAAAACGCUUUUCGUAAAAUAACUUCCUUUUCAAAAAGUGUUUGGAGAAAACUGUUAUCCUCUCUCCUUAAAGUGGUGACUGGAAAUGCUGGCAGAAAUAAGAGGGUGGAGGUGAUGUUUCUGGUUGUCUCUUUGUUCCCUGUAAACCUGAUUGCUGUAACCAGAGAUGGAAGAAACUAAUAGUGACAACGUGGGCGUCUCAGAGCCAAGGAUUUCCCAGUGGGGCCAGACACACGGACACGCUGGAAUCGCCGGGCUGCCUCUCAUUUUCCGUUGUUCCAAGAUCUUUGAAGACCCAGGAAAAAGCCGUGUUGACCAAAAGCAAGACAAAUGACUCACAGAGAGAAAAGAUGGGGGAGCCAAGGGCAAUUAAAGCUGCCUCAGGUUCUGAACAGAUGGUAACCGUGCUGGCCUCCUGAAGGACAUGAUUCAGACUGUCCCAGACCCGGCAGCUCAUAUCAAGCUACUUUCAUUCUAGAGUCUUUGCAUUUUCAACUACUUUAUCGUGGAGCCGAUGGCAAUUACUUAUGUUUGGAAGGAGAAAAUGAAACUGUUCUGGAACAUUCACUUGAGAUGCUGAACCAGUGGAGGUUGUUAAAAAUCAUCAGGUGAAUGGCUAUUAUUAAACGCCAUCGCCUAUUAACAUGAAAUAAGUGCUACCUGCAAAGUUUCCUUUGAAGAGAAUGGAGCAGGGAGUGGGUAGGGGCCUUAGGCCCCGUGACCCAGGCGUGCGGCAGAUCCGGGGAGACGGAGGCCCAGAAGUCCUAUCCACACCCAGGGACCCUGAGGAGUUCGCCGCCCACGUGAAGCCACUCGGAGUCCCGCCACAUCUGCAUCCUGCCCGGGGCGGCGUGUCACACGGCGGCAUACUGGGUCACACCUGCUGUGGUCAUCCCAGGCCCAGGCAAUGAUGUCUUUUUUUUUUAAUUGAAAAAAAAAAAUCUCCUGGCUGCAUAUCAUCAAGAAAAACAACAUUGUUUUCAGGGUCUCUUAUCUCUCCACUCCCAAAUAUCCUGUUUCUUCGGGCUGGGCGGCCAGGACCAAUAGAAACCUCUUCCUGCCAUUGACUGACUUCAUUUCCCAGACUUAGCACAAUCUCAUCCGCUCUAAACAACCUGAUCAAAACUACUUUCUGGUCAGAGAGAAGCAAUAAUUAUUAUUAACAUUUAUUAACGAUCAAUAAACUUGAUUGCAUUAUGGCCAGCACUAUUAAGGAAGCGUUAUCUGUCGUGAGCGAGGACCAGUCGUUGUUUGAGUGCGCAUACGGCACGCCGCACCUGGCCAAGACGGACAUGACCGCGUCCUCCUCCAGCGACUAUGGACAGACAUCAAAGAUGAGCCCCCGUGUCCCUCAGCAGGACUGGCUGUCUCCACCCCCAGCCAGGGUCACCAUCAAGAUGGAAUGCAACCCCAACCAGGUGAACGGCUCCAGGAACUCCCCUGAUGAAUGCAGCAUGGCCAAAGGAGGGAAGAUGGUGGGUAGCACGGACACUGUCGCGAUGAAUUACAGCGGCUACAUGGAGGAGAAGCACAUGCCGCCCCCAAACAUGACCACGAACGAGCGCCGAGUUAUCGUGCCAGCAGAUCCUAUGCUAUGGAGUACGGACCAUGUCCGGCAGUGGCUGGAGUGGGCAGUGAAAGAAUAUGGCCUUCCGGACGUCGACAUCUUAUUGUUCCAGAAUAUUGACGGGAAGGAGCUGUGCAAGAUGACCAAAGACGACUUUCAGAGGCUCACCCCGAGCUACAACGCUGACAUCCUUCUGUCGCAUCUCCACUACCUCAGAGAGACACCUCUUCCACAUUUGACUUCAGAUGAUGUUGAUAAAGCCUUACAAAACUCUCCACGGUUAAUGCAUGCUAGAAACACAGGGGGUGCAGCUUUUAUUUUCCCAAAUACUUCAGUAUAUCCUGAAGCUACGCAAAGAAUUACAACUAGGCCAGAUUUACCUUACGAACCACCCAGGAGAUCAGCCUGGACCAGUCACGGCCACCCCACCCCCCAGUCGAAAGCUGCUCAGCCAUCUCCUUCCACAGUGCCCAAAACUGAAGACCAGCGUCCUCAGCUAGAUCCUUAUCAGAUUCUUGGACCCACAAGUAGCCGCCUUGCAAAUCCAGGGAGCGGGCAGAUCCAGCUGUGGCAGUUUCUCCUGGAGCUCCUGUCAGACAGCUCGAACUCCAACUGCAUCACCUGGGAAGGCACCAACGGGGAGUUCAAGAUGACAGAUCCGGAUGAGGUGGCCCGGCGCUGGGGAGAACGGAAAAGCAAACCCAAUAUGAACUAUGAUAAACUCAGCCGGGCCCUCCGUUACUACUACGAUAAAAACAUCAUGACCAAAGUCCACGGGAAGCGCUACGCCUACAAGUUUGACUUCCACGGGAUCGCCCAGGCCCUGCAGCCCCACCCUCCAGAGUCCUCCCUGUACAAGUACCCCUCGGACCUCCCUUACAUGGGCUCCUAUCACACCCACCCGCAGAAGAUGAACUUUGUGGCCCCCCACCCUCCAGCCCUCCCCGUGACAUCGUCCAGUUUUUUUGCUGCCCCAAACCCAUACUGGAAUUCACCAACAGGAGGGAUCUACCCUAACACUAGGCUCCCAGCCAGCCAUAUGCCUUCGCAUCUGGGCACUUACUACUAAAGACCCGAGAGAGGCCUUUCCCAGCAACAUGCAACCGCCAACCAAUUGCCACAAGCUCUAUCGGAGACCAUGAAUCAGAAGUGCCUCAAGAGGAAUGAAAAAGCUUGACUGGGGCUGAGGGGGAGGAAGCCGGGGAAGAGAUCCAGAGACUCUCAGUGGGAGGGAAUUACUAAAAUAUUACUACAGAGAUAAAGAGGAUGCUACAAAUGUAAUGUACGUGGACAGAUCAUCUGUGGACCAACCUUGUAAAAGGCAUUGUAAGUAGAAGCAUGAAGUCAUAAGGACGAAGUGCCAAAGAAAAUGUUCUGAAGAAGUGUGUAAACCUUAGAGUAGCCUUUGGGAUCCUGCUCAUGCAUUAAACUGGGAUUAAACUCAAGCAAUAGAGAUAACACAGUCUGGACCUAACAUGCCAUUUCUAAUGUCAUUUGAAGGAAAAAAAAAAACUACCUGUAUUUAAAAAGAGAAACAUAUCAACAUAGAAAAAGAAGAAAAGAAAAGAGACUGUGGCCCAUCAAUGGACAUUGAUAGGGAACUCAUCAGCACUUGCAGUUUUGGGCAAAAUCAGAUUCAUUCCAUUUGAUGGAGAGCGGUCAGCUGUCUCCAACUGUGAAGACAACCCAAAGCUUCCAACUCCUUUACGAUAGGACAGGAACUCGGAGCCGAAGGGAGGGACUGAGAACGUGUCUGGAGGGCAAGCGUGUGGGUGUAGACGGACGAGGUGGGAGAGGAGGAAGCAGAAGAGGAGGCAAGGACUGGGAAAGAAACUUCUCGAGCAGUAAAGACUGGACUUAGGACGGUGUCGGUUCUGCAGAGAAUUGAGUCAUGGAGACUUGAGGUUCUAUUCGGUCAGUGUUGUACCAAAUCCAGUGUUACGAGGAAGGACACAGCGUCACGAAGGCAGGGCAAGUAGUAGAAUUCAGAAACAAAAUCAUGCAUCUCUCUCUUUGUUUGUUUAUCAACAGAAAAAUUGUAACUGGAAUUGUCUGAUAUUUAAAAGAAACAUUCAGGACCUCAUCCUUAGGUGGGGGCCCUGCUCUCCACAGGGUCAGGUAAGAGCUAGCCUUCUGGGCUACCGCGAUCCGAAAUCACCUAGGCAUCGGGGCGAGGCGGGCUCCAGGUUUCCUUUUGAGUCGCGAACGCUGUGCGUUUGUCAGAAUGAAGUAUACAAGUCAAUGGUUUUUUUUUUUCCUUUUUAUAUAAUAAUUAUAUAACUUAUGCAUUUAUACACUACGAGUUGAUCUCGGCCAGCCAAAGAUACACGACAAAAGGGACAAUCAAUGAUCUAAUGUGGCCUUGAACUUUAACUCUGUAUGCUUAAUGUUUACAAUAUGAAGUUAUUAGUUCUUAGAAUGCAGAAUGUAUGUAAUAAAAUAAGCUUGGCCUAGCAUGGCAAAUCAGAUUUACACAGGAGUCUGCAUUUGCACUUUUUUAGUGACUAAAGUUGCCUUUUAGAAACUUGUGCCGCAAGGGGUGGGUUUUGUGUUAGAAUUCUCCUUUGUCCAGGAACUCGUGCAAGGGAGAGCCAAGCAAACGGCACGCUUGGCACACAAACAGUGGCGGCCUCUCCGGGGCCUUGUUGCCAGCUGGAGCCGUCUGGAACAGAAGGACCAAAGGUUUUCAUUUGGGAGCCUCCAGAUUUAGACCCAGAAUGGAAAGAGGCCUCUAAAGCUGGGGUUGUAAUUGAGAAAUGCCAGAUCCACACCUAGUCACGAAUCACCCUUAAUUCCUGCUAUAAAGCAUCCAUUGAACGGCAAACAAGCUGUUGCUCUCCAUGUAAACUGUAUUAUUGUUGAUAAAUAAAGCAUCACAGAUAGCAGCAAUGGCUCACUUUAACAAGACAAGGGACAGCUUCUAAAUUUGCCAUUUGGCUUCUCCAUCAUAGGCUCUCACCAGGUUGACUGUGGCCUUGACCUUCCCACACCAGAAUAAUCUGGGUACCCUGGUUUGGGAUUCACCAACCCUGAGCCUGACAGAUGAUCAGACACUGUUUAUUUCUCUGAUCCGAAGUCAAUUCCCCUUGACAUCUUUUCUCUCCUAUGUGCCACAAAGGAUGCCAGCCUUGGCCAAGGUGAAGGCAGUUCGAGAGCUAGGAUGCAAGGCCGUGUGAGAGGGGGCGAGCCUGAGCAGCUCCCUAGCCUGAGUCAGUUUCUGAAUUGGCCCAUCUCCUAGCUGUUUGGGGGCUUGUUUUGCAGCAACUCUGUAAUCCUUUUGCGAUGAUUAAAUGACGUUGCCAAAC